GUUGAAGUCAGAACACAAGUUAAUCAGCAAUCGAAAUGAUCAAAGCCUGCUCCAACACCACCGUCAUUCUUAUCUUGAGCCUAAUGGCUCUGGGAACAGCUGAGCCACUGCGUCGGAGAUUCUCAGCUCGACAAGUUCAGACUCCGGCUAGUCCAACUCCUACAGGGUAUCCAGAGGCGGGCGUUACACCCGAAGUUCCCUUCGAUCUUCCCAGCUCUACCACAGAACCUGAGUUGACUUAUCUGCCUCCAGAUAACACCUACGGUCCUCCGGAUAAUACAUACGGAGCUCCGGAUACUGCCUAUGGACCUCCUGGAAGUACAGAUGUGGAGCCUCAACAGGACGUGCUGCCCGAAGAUCAGCCAGAGAAUCCCAUCGAAACCGAUGACAUUCCUCCUGUCGAAGAUGAGGCUGUGGGCGAUGCCAAGAAGCAGCCAGCAGAGGAUGAAGAGGAGCUCCUGGUUCAAGUGUCGGAUGAUGGCACUGUCAUUGCCGUUUCCUCGUCCCUUGAUCAGCCACAGCCUGUCCAGUCGGCACGCUUCUACCAGCGCGUUCCCCAGGGUCGCCGACGUGAGCAGCCUGUUCCACAAAGGUUAAUCCUUCGUCGCAGUUGGUGAAACCUGAAAUUCUUCUCUCUCUUCUACUACUACCAUGCUGCUUGCAAAAUUGUUGUAAUAAACAUUGUUUCAUAACAAUAUCUAAGCGUUA